AUGUUCUCCCGCGCUCAUGCCUGGAGCCUGCGACAUCAAGCCGCCGCUGGAGCAAGCGUGAUCCGCCCCCCUUCUCCCCCUCGGAGACGGCCCAUACAGCCUCUGCCUAUGCCCCUAGAGGGUACAACCAUCAGCCCACUAGCGGGACUGUUCGAGUACCCCGAACUCAUCCCACAUGUGCUGGCGGAGUUUGAGCAACCCAAGGACCUUGCGGUCUUAUGCAGAGUCAGUAAGGCGUUUGACUGGCUGGUGCGGCGAAGGCUGUACGAUCAUAUCUGGAUCAGACCGUGGGAGGAGAACUGCCACUACAAGCUGGUCUUGCUUUUCGAGAGCCUAUCCAAGUCGCCACAUUUGUGCCGGUUGGUCAAGCGAUUAGAUGUACGCUUCUUCCCUCUGUCUGCGAAAGGGGACGACCGCUACGAUUUGGAUGACCAAGUCAAGGUCGCCAUCUCGAGCAUGGUCAACCUUGAACAUCUUAUCUGGACCCGGGACAAGUCAUUACGCCCAGAGAUCGUCGAGGAGGUCGCACGGUUACCGCGCCUCCGCACACUCGAGAUAUCAGGCCACGCCUACCGUUACUACACUCCUCGCCUGUUGGGCAGCAUGUCCGCGCUGCAGGAUCUGCGCUUCAUGAUGCCAGACACAACCGUGAGGGACAGCUUGGUACACAUCGCACGAGAACUAGGCGAGCGAGCAAAUGGCGGAUUAAGGGGAUUGGGUCUCAUCUGCAGAGACUCGCCCAUUAUCACAGACGAGCUAGUGAAGGCGUUGUCGAAACACCUCUCUCGGCUUCGACGGCUGACCCUGUGGGGCUGUAGCCGGGUCACCAAGACGAGUGUCUACCAAAUCUUGGAGGCAGCGGAGGAUCUGGAGGAGUUGUCGAUCGAUGCUUUGCCCCACUCUGGUAUGCUUGACCUAUCUGGUGCCCCCGAAUUGCCCAAUCUACACAGCUUCUCCCUGUCCAUCACACCUCCACAUCGGACUCCAGUACAAUUGCAGACCGCAGAUCUUCCGCUCCUACCGCGGGACCUCAACCUCUCAUCUCUCCACAUCAACCUCUCCAGCGCUAUAGCCCAUCUGCCUGUUGGCGGGGUCGAGCACCUCACUUCGCAAGUCGACUUUGGCCGCUUGAAGCGCCUCUCACUCCUCAAUAUCGUGGUGGCCGCCCAACAGCUAUCGGCGCUUAUCGAUGCCGCACCUCAUCUGGACGAGCUAUACAUCUCGACGAACGGCAAGCAGGCAUUGAUCGACUGCUCGGAGCUGACUGGACGGCCUCUGCGCAUCUUCCACGUCAUUGCGCCGGAGAAGUGGGGUCCAACGGCGGAUGAUCUCGCCGAGCUCGCAGGGAGGCUACCGGAGGUGGAGCAGAUUGGGACAGGGAACAGGGUGUACGAGGUGUUUAGAAAGGAAGGAGGCGAUGUUGAGCUGGCCAGGUGGGGAAGAACGGUGGUCCCGGGGUACUUUCAGGUGUGGCGGGGGUAG